AUGGCCGCGAGUGACAACGGCUUCGGUGGAGAACAGACGACCAGCAGGCUCGCUCAGGCUCGCGAGCGACCCGUGGGGUGCUGCGGCAAAGCUUGGCCCGGUGGCCGUUGUGGAGCUGCUGUUGCCGUGCGAGGAUCGACGCAGUUGCACCGAGGAUGCGCGCUCGGAGGCAGGCACGUUGCAGCUUGCCGCGCCCAAGGCACCGUGCGAGUGACGCAGCCUCGAACAGCAGCUGCGUCGCACGCUGGACAGACGGCCGACGGCAGACGGCAGACAGCAGACAGCAGAUACGACGACGCGAGCGCUUAUGGCCUGCAAAUCCACCGUCGUCCGCGGCUCCCAGUGCCUACACACGCGCCUUCGCCUCUUACCGCGCCUUGGCGGGAGAUCCACCAUGCGCCGCGAGCUGCUCGCACGCAACCGUUGGCGCGCCUCAGGCUGCAGUGCUGCAGUGCCCGCACCCUCCACACUGACAGCCGCAGGGGCCUCUCUGCACGGCACACGCCGCUGCUUUGGGCACGAGGUCGGCAGACACUCGAGCGAGCUGUCACCGUCUGUGCCGUCGGCCUUUGCCCGCUCGAAGCGAGCUCCUCCGGCCAAGUCAAUUCUGGGCGAAGGCCCUCGCCGCGGUUACCUGCAGCCACUGGGGCAGGAGCCGUGUCUUCACCAUUGCUUGCCCGGCCAGCGUCAUGGCCCCUCUGCAACUGUCCAGUGUUGAUUCUCGAGUCUCACAGUUUCACUUGUCGCUGACGGCCUCUUCUCAUCGACCGAUCUCCACGACCUAGCGGCAGUUUAGACCCCCUUCGGCGCAGCUUCUCUGCAACCUCUCCGUAGCAAAUGAACAC